UAAUUGAAUGCUGUGGAGGUAUUGAACCAGUUGGUGGGGAGGAUUCCUCAAGUCUUAGUAGUGUUUUCAGGAGCGCACAGGAGAGGAGAAACAGUAACAAUGGGUCGUUUAUUUGAUAGAAAAGAGCUGUCAAGCCCCAACUUUUACAGGGCAAUCAUCGGCGAGUUUUUCGCGAUGCUGAUCUUUGUUUUUAUCGGGAUCGGAUCAACAACGGGCUGGCCGGGCGGACCCACCUCUCCGAGCAUGGUCCAGAUCGCCCUGGCGUUCGGGAUUGCGAUCGCUACGAUGGUACAAUGCUUCGGCCACAUCUCCGGCGGGCACGUCAACCCAGCGGUCACCAUCGCGUUACUCCUGACGGGGAAAGUCACCAUCCUGCGGGCCGUGCUCUACAUCAUCGCUCAACUGGUGGGUGCCAUCGCGGGAGCCGGGCUGGUGUACGCCGUGACACCGGAGGCUGUGCGCGGCGGGCUCGGCGUUACCGGCCUCAGCACCGGGGUGACGGGAGGGAUGGGGGUCGGCGUGGAGCUCAUCCUCACCUUCCAGCUCGUCCUCACCAUCUUCGCCACCGUGGACUCUCACCGCACCGAUCUGAACGGCUCGGCCUCCCUCUCCAUCGGUCUCUCUGUUGUCAUUGGCCAUCUGUUUGGGAUCAAGUACACCGGGGCCAGCAUGAACCCUGCCCGCUCCUUCGGUCCUGUGGUCGUCAUGAACGCCUGGGAUAACCACUGGGUGUACUGGGUUGGCCCCAUCGCUGGAGCCGUCCUGGCCGCAUGGCUGUACGAGUUCCUGCUGGACCCCACCGCGUCCACUGGCCGGCUGCGGCGGUGUCUGACCUGCGCCUCCGCCGAGGACGAGCCCAUCCACGACGCCGAGCUCACGGACAUCAAGAAACUGGACACCGAGGGUAUCUGAUUUGGAGUCAUCUCAUCAAAAAUGUGCAGACAUGGAGCAAGAGACAAGGUCCGGAUUGAAGGGAUUGUUAGAUUGUUUCGUGCUUGUCUACUAUAAAACGGCAACUGUUUUGCUGUUUAUAUAUUUCAUCCCAUGCAUUGGUAUUAGUAUAAACAUGCACGGUCCAAGUCAUUCGCAACUUGUUUAGUUUUCUUCUUUUGCCGAUAUUUUCCUGAGUAACAUGAUUAUUUUUUUAUAUUGGUGUUUAUUUUAAAAGUUUGUGUCCUCGCUUUGGUAGAACUACCAGAUUCAAAGAUCAUGUCAGGAAAAGCAAGAUAUUGUACAUCAAACUACAAUUUGGUUACUUGCGAGCGCCUCCUUGCGUAGAAUUUGAAUCAAGCAGCUAACAGGUUUCAUGCGGUCUUUCAUAUCAACAGCAGGUAGCUAUAGCACUUUAUGGGGGAAAAGUUUAGAUAGAACAUUUUCACGAAAUUACUUCCCUCUAAGAAUUUUAAGAAGUUUUGUAGACAAAAACAAUGAACGGAAAAAGGCUAUUUUUCAGAUGUAUAGAUACCAUUCUCACACGGCCAGACAUAACCUGUUCCAAUGAAUGAUGGAUAAAUACUAUGAUUAGAAGAAGAAAACAAACCUCGAUUUUACAGGCUGCAUUUUAUUGUUGUACAGUUAAAAUAUGAUGAUGUAUGCCAUAUAGUCACCCGUGGUUGAAGUGUAGUUAGGAUCUAGAAUACUAGUAUACGUACUACUAUUAACCAAGAAGAAAGUUUUGACGAAAGAAGUUGAUAAGGUUGAUAAACUAUGACGUGUACAGAUGUCACUUUCUUACCUGGGUAUAUUGUAAAUAUUCAAGUUUGUGAGGGUUAAGUGUAUUGUGUCGUGAUUUGCGUUUUGAAUUUGAAGGGGGCAAUAUUUAAAGGUAUUCUUUCUAAUAUUUUUCAAAGACUUGAAGUUAGGUAACAGCUAAGAGAAAUAAAUAAACUAGAAUAUAUCGGCGAGAAUAGUACGAUUUCUGUGUGUAUUAUCUCCAUUAAAAUACUGCUGUAGUGAUUCAUAAACAGAUAUAGGAGGGAGUUGGAAAAUAUACAAAUAAAGUGUUCGUAAAGGCAAA